UCUGGAUAUUCUGUUUAUUGGGCUGGGCACGCGUGAUUGUGGUGUAGGAGUCCGAUGUUCGCAGGUGAGUUCCGUCUUUCCCCGGAAUGGUCUGAAUUCUUCUGCGUUAUCAGCACCGUUGAUCUCAAUUUUAUGAAGGAUCAGGGGGUACACGGAACCUACUACACGGCCUAGUGGUGGACACUUCAACUGGAAGCUCCACGCCAUAAAAACGAAACACUUUGUUGGCGAGUCGUCUUGAAGUAGGCCCACUGAAUCAUUGAAUGAAUCGCACAGGUGGUCUGUCGUUAAGAUCUGCGCCUAAUACAGUCCGCAAUUUGUCUCUUUGCUGUAAAUUACGGUGCACAGCAGGUGGUUAGGCUGACGAAAAACGUAGAGGAAUAUCAAGAUUACUUUCUGAAAUUGUAGCAGCAUUUACUAUUGUGGUUUAUGUGGUAUAUCUCCUCCCCCCCACAGCCAAGCCUUGAGAUUUCUCCACCGCUUCUUCCUUCUACCUCUCUCUGCCUCAUCUCUUUUGUCCGUGACUGCUUCCGAGGAACGAACGUCAGGAUUCCAAAAUGGCUGACCAGGACAUGCCCGGUUUCCGAGGCAUGCGAUAUUCCAAGUUUCGGCACGUGUACGGCAACCCGUACCGGCGUGAGAAAUGCUACAACAACAUCCCCAUCACUAAGAACUCGCACGAUGCGUUCUUCUGUGCCGUGAACCCCAAGUUUGUGGCCGUGGUCUUGGAGAGCCAGGGAGGGGGAGCAUUUCUAGUUAUUCCAAUCGACAAGUAUGGACGCCAGGAUGCCCUCAACAACAGGCUAACAGGCCACAAGGGACCAGUACUUGACAUCAAAUGGAACCCCUUCAAUGACAAUGAAAUAGCUUCCUGUUCAGAUGACGGCACCGCAAAAGUGUGGUAUAUCCCUGAUGAUAGUGUGCCGACGGAGAAUAAUGCUACCUUGUUGGCUGAUCUCGUUAAGCACACCAGGCGAGUCAUUCAGAUCGAGUGGCAUCCAACAGCUUCUGGGAUACUGCUCAGUGCUAGCCAGGACAACAAGAUCAUCAUCUGGGAUGUACAGCAAGAAAAAGUGUUCAAAAUCAUCGACUGUCACCGGGACAGGAUCAACUGUGUGGCUUGGAGCUGGGUCGGCGAUCUGCUCGCGACUACUAGUAAGGACAAGAAGAUCCGAAUCAUUGAUGCUCGGUCCGGAGAAGUCUUGAAGAUCGGCGAAGGACAUACAGGAACCAAAAGUUCAAAGGUGGCUUUUGCUGGCAACACAGACUACCUGGUGACAACAGGAACUGCUCGUAGUAGCACGCGGCAAAUAGCUGUUUGGAAACAGGAUGACCUGUCCAAACCCAUGGAGAUGAUGGACAUUGACAGUGGCACGGGGGUGCAGCUUCUCUUCUACGAUCCAGAUAGUCGGGUUGCUUUCGUUGGCGGCAAGGGGGACGGCAGUAUCCGCUACUUUGAGAUCAGUCCUGGUGAGGAGCCUUGUAUCUUCCGACUGAACGAGUUCAUCACCUCGAUGCCGCAGUGCGGUAUGGGGAUCAUGCCUAAGCGUGGCCUCGAUCGUAAGCAGUGUGAGCUGGUACGAUUCUACAAGCUACACGUCUCUAAAGGUGUCUGUGAGCCAGUGUCAAUGAUCGUACCCAGAAAGUCUGAAGCAUUUCAGGAGGAUAUUUAUCCCCCGACACCAAGCAAUGAACCAGCGUUGACAGCCCAGUCCUGGAUAGCAGGCAUGGAUUCUCCUCCUAAGAUGGUUCGUCUUGAAGAGCAUGGUACCUCCAGUGUGGCGUCAACUCCCGUCCGACCGUCCCUGAGGGAGUCUGUUAUCCAGACUAAGGCCAAGGCCCCCUCGAAGUCAGAGGAUGCAGGGAGGGGACUCUCAUCGCGGCCCACGAAGGAGGAGGGAAUGGACAGCAGUUACACCCCAAGCUGGUCUUCCUCGGGAACACGCGUGUCGAGCACGAGGCGCAUCGAGCUGUCCUCGCCGAGUAUGAGACGAGAGGAAGUGGAGAAAGAGAACGUCGUUCCUGCUGAGUCGUCCUCGCUACAUUCGGCUCCACCACCAGCCCCUGAACCAGAAGUUUCCACCUUGUCUGAGGUGUCCUCGAUAUCAAGCAGUCACUCUGGGGGUUCUGAAGGUCAUCCGUCCAUAGCAUCACGCAUGGCCAUGUUUGAGGAUGGAUCCAAACGCGGAUGGAGACGAACGGGGUCUGUAGACAGUGGCAUUCCCUCGUCCUCCACAAAGAUAAUCCUAAGGGACACAAUCAGAGAGGACGACAGCUCUGUCUUUGUGCUAAAAGACAGUGGGGACCGUUCACCACAGCGGAAGAGUCCCAGAAGGACUUUCAGCACGGAAAGUAAGGAGGUGAUUCGGAUAGAGAGGGAACCAGAGAGAGAACGGGGAACCAGCAUGUCCUUAGAGGAUCAGAUGAUUCGCAGUAACGGCGAUGGGAGUGAGACAGCGGGUAAGGCAUCUCAGUCCGCCUCAGAUGUGAACACAAGAAGGGACUUUAUGACGUCCAAAGAUCUGGGCAUGGACCAGUUGUCUCCUGGAGAGGAAGGUACUAUGUUACGGAAAGCCUACCUACGCCAGCAAGAGGAGAUCAAGCAAUUGAAGUCUCAGCUGAUGCUGAAGGACCAACGUAUCCGGCAGCUGGAACGUGAGAUUGAGGAUUUGACCCUCUCCUCCGAAGCCUGAGGUCUAUCUUAAGUCUCUCCCAUGUGGCAGGCCACCAAGAGAGGGCGCCAUAUAGUUUGGCCAGUCUCGAAAGAGUGCCCAUCAUCCCAAACGUCUUUUUAUUGUGUACAGAGUACAAAUACAAAGAAUGUACAGUGUCUUCUGUGGCCAUACAGUCAUUAUUUGGAAUAUUGCUGAAAGUGACGGCCAAAUCAGUUGAAAUAUUGUCUGACGGUCAAGUGGACUUGGCCGAGAAUAAUUUGAGGCCUUUCUCUCGGCUGGCAAAACUCGGAUUCCAGCUUUGAAAGUAAGCGUGUUUAUUUGGUGCCUGAUAGUUAAAGCAGGAUAUAAGUUUCCUUGUGUUGUCGUUUGUAAAUUUCUGGCUUUUGACAGAGCUGAACGCAUUUAAUCUUUGACAUCCUUGGGACCUUUCAUAGAGCGUUCUAAGCAGUGAAAUAAUGCUUACUUGGGCAGAUAUCUGCUUAGCUGUAAAAGGCUCCAAGGAAAAGAAGAUAGGAUCACGAGAAGGUCAAAAGUUGAGGAUUUGAGUUUUCAGAGAAUGAGUUUGCUUAGAUGAAGAAAAUGCCAAUCUUAUGGCCGUCUUAUUUCUCAACUUGAAUCACCUUCCAAAUUAACGAGAAGUCAAUUUACAUUUUUUUCUUUCAGGAAAGUGUAACAUUAGGGAGCUUUGUUGUCAAAAUCAUAGGUUUUAUUAUGUUGAAGUAAAAAAUUUCUGUAAUGCCUACUUAAAAGGAAAUUUAUGUCUGAUAAGUUGUAGUAAAUGCUAGUAUGUGUAUAAAUGAUGCACAGGUCAAAGGUCAUUUGCCUCUCAGAAUAGGAAGAACAUGGAUUUAAUUUUUUUUCUGUCAAAGCUCAGUUAUGUGAUUGAGUUGAGCAAAUUCCUCAAGAUAAUAGGACCAAAUUUGUAUUAUUUGGGAAGUUAUGUCUUUUUCAAAAACAUUGUGGAACUGAUGUUCACAUAUUUCCCCAGGUUUUUUUAAUCCUUUUAUGUAGGCAGACUUUACACGUCAGAUUACAUUGGAUUCAGCAGGUUUUUCAUUGACUUUUUGUUGGCUGGAGUAAAAUAUAGGAGUUUUCCUGGUGAAAUCCUUAAGAGUGUUGGGCUUGAGACAAGUAAGUACCCGUAGGUACCGGUUAGGAACAGCUUGAGCAAGUCUUUUUUCUUCUGAAAUGUUACACUAUAACUGGGACAUCUAGGAUUGGGGGGGGGAUGGCAGGGGAAAUAUGAAGGGACAGUGUCAGUAAAAAGGUUUCCCACCUCUACAUGUAUGUGGUAUUUUCAUUUUGAUUUGAAAUCUUUGAUAAUUUAGCGGCACUUCCAUGUUUUUUCUAUUAGAGAUAUCUAAUGUCUUCAUUGACAAUUAUUUGGAGUGCAUCACUCACGGAAUGUGAAGAAAAGGCUCCAUCUCUACCUCUAAUUUUUUGUCUAUGCAAUCUGUCUAUCUGUCUGUACAUCCACAACUUGUUCUCAGAAUUCUGUCCUCUCAGUCAAUGUUUUGUUGUGAAUUCUAAAAACAUGACUUCCUUUCAAUUUUUGGUUGAACCUUAAAGAAACCUGGAUUCUUCAGUUAAACAUUGAGGCGAACAUUUAUGAUAUAAACCAUCUGUUGUUACCAGUGCAAAAUUUAUGAUUGUAGAUCGAUACCAAAGUGGGGAGUUCAUCGACCAUAGAAAUGACAAAAGUUGCCAUUGCAUCCUUGGAACUCUUUUUGGCUCUGUUCAAACCGAUUCUCUGACGUUGAACAUGUUAACAUAAAUGUUGCAAGGAGGCAUUUGUGAAGCACAGGUUCUUUGUUCGUCAGGCCGCAGUAUAAGUGAAAAUUCCCACCUCAGUGGUUUUGAUGUCUUUUGUUGUUAUUGCUAAUAAAAACUUGUAAAAUAUCCUGUUUGUUUUUAAUCUCUGGGUAGCUGUUGUGAGUUUAGGUGUGAAAUAGUUCAAAAAGAACCUUUUCCAGGACUGAAGAACAAUACCUGUUUGAUCUUCAGACUCCAGUUUUUAAAAAUCAUUGGAUUAUAGAGGAUGUGACUGUUGAUUUUUGUAUCAGACCUGGCAGGCAGUGUUACCAAAGAUCGUAUAGCGCUGCGUAGUGGCACAAGAUGGGGAACUUCUGCGUAAAACGUUAUCACAUGGGCGCCAUUCUGGUUGGACUACGCCUGCGCAGUGCAUGUUAAUGCACAGGUGCAGGCGCCGCCACUGGCAUGCACACACAGUAAUGUUCACACUCGAAUGGCGCCCAUGGUGAGAACACCUUUAUGGUGGAAUUACCCAUCUUGCGCUGCUAGGCGGCACUAUAUAAUCUUUGGUGUUAUUGUGUUUUGUGACAUGUUAUCUGUACUUAAUAUAUAUAGGAUAGAAUGAUAUUUUUCCAUUGCAGGAAAAGGCAAUUACUAAAUGGGCCCAAUUUCUUGGCUCUGCUGAAAAGUGCUGCUCAUUUGAUGCUCAUGGAUCAUUCUAUGCUUACUGCAGUAGCAUGAGAAUUCUAUGCCAAAUAUGUAAGCACAGUAUCCCUCUGUUAAGACAGAAUUUCAUUCUAUGAAAAAUGGUAGCAUUUCUGCUUUAAUUAGUAAAGAUCCGUCGCUUACAGUCAGCACUGCUUUGAAAUUGGCCCUGAUUCCCUAUUUUAAGUAUACAUUUGAAAUUUUAUUGUAAAUAUAAAGGCUUUACGCGUUGUUGCAAAAACUAAUGGCAAAGAAUUUGAGGUUGUAUUUUUUGCUGAUAGAUGUUCGAAAGAUAAUUUUAGAGGAUUUAUUGCAAGACCAGUCAGCUGAGGUUUGUUUUUGAGAAAGAAAACUAAAGGGAUGGUUGAAAAAAGCACUGGCCAUAGAGUUAUUUUUAAAUUAAAAAAAAUUCAUAUAAAUUGCUAACAUUUUAACAGAGUGAGUGCAGAGGUUUUGUUAGUUUUAUUUUGACAAGUGAGAUACAUAUCUCAACAGCGGAGUGAAAACAUGGACCGAUACUCAGUUUCUAGUAUGGCUUGUUAUUAAUUUAUUUAGGUUUGCUUGUUUUGAAGAUUUUAAGAAUUUCCAGUCUUUCAGUUUUUCCAAUUACAUCCGAUGAUUUGGGACAGUUGCUUUUUUAAAGACAGUAUGCUCAGAGCCACAAAAGAUUGCUUAAUAGCAAAAAAAUGUUGUGAAAGCCAAAAGGGUGUGCACAGUGUUGCGUUCUCUGUUGAUAGUUAAAAUAUAUGUAUGAUGGUUUGCUUCACAAUGUUUCUUUAUUAGUUCCAUAGCAAUCAUUCUGCAGUGCAAAAGUACAUAUGUGCUCAUUCAUUUAGAUAGAUGACCAGUCUUUUUGGGUGUGGACUUGCAAGUCAAUCACAGGUUAAAUGUGAUGUGGCAGUAUGGUCCAAUACAUGCAUACAGGUUUAGCUCUGUUUCCUAUAGAGGCUUUGCAUGGUAGCCGUCUCACAGGAGAGUUAAAAAUGGUAUACAGGUUUCCCUGUGGAACCAAGGGACUGCCCUGCACGAUGGCUACCAUGCAGAGCCUGUUUGAGGCUCUUGGUUUCAUUGGAGUAAUCACACAGCAAAUAACAUGAUAUAAAUUUGUUCUUGAUAUUGGUACAAAUUUUCUGUUUUUGCAAAUACUGAUCAACUUUGUAAAAGGAAAUCUGGUGAUUCCAUUCAUAUGAAAUCAGUUUUGUGCUAUGAGGUCAGACAAAGGUCAGGAGGUACACAAAUUGAUGUUACAUGAAAAGAUCAGAUGUGGGUCAUAAUCCAUUCUGCAGGUUUCAAAAGAAAAUGCUUUCUUUCAUGUAGGUAUAGAUAUUAUAGAGAAAGUAGUAAAAUUUAUGUUUAAUGAGAAAACGUAGGUCUUUGUAUAUAAUAUGAAGUAUUAUGGAUAGGUCACCAAAUUGUUAUUUGUGCAACAAAAAAGAUGUGUGAAUGUAAAAGUUAGCAUUAGAUCAAACAAUUAUGCUUGUAUGACAAUCAUUAAAGGACGCCGUGUUUUUAAUGAUUGGUCAGUCA